GAGCCACGGCGCGAGGGCGGAGAGCGCAGCCUAGAGGAGCUUCUGCUAGAAAGUAAAAAUUGGAGCUGUAGAGUGAAUAAAGUGAAGCUUUUGUUCCGAAGUGAUUGAUGAGUGGGGCUGCCUGUCUGUUCUAUCACAGUAACAGGAAUUACUACAGACUACAGGGAGGUGAAACAUCCAAGUUGCCAAACCUUUUGCAGUAACGUGGGGGCGUGUUUUAGGAAUCAGAUUCUGCAGUACACCAAGGUGAUGGAAGGCCUUCUUUUCCCAGAGGACAGCGGUGACCCUGCUUCUAACUGCUGUGGUCUGAUGUCAGGGUACAUUCAGCAACUGGAGCUUCAAGUUGGCAAAUGGCAGCAGUCACACGACAAGAAGUGCUGGGCCUUUACCGCAAGGUAUUCCGGAUCGCCAAGAAAUGGCAGUCAGCGUCGGGACAGGUGGAAGAAACGGCUGCAGAGAGGGAGUACAUUAUAAAAGAAGCCAAAACAUUGUUCCGAAAAAACAAAGAUGUGGCAGAUCUGAAGCUGAUUAAGCAGUGCAUAGAAGAAUGUGAGGCAAGAAUAGAAAUUGGACUUCACUACAACAUCCCCUACCCAAGACCUAUCCAUCUGCCUCCCAUGGGUCUUACCCAGAAAAAAGGCCGUACGUUUCGGCACCAGGAAAAGUUGAGGAAGAUUUCUAAGCCAUUAUACCUGAAAUCCCACGAUGAAAUUUCGUAACCCAUCAUUUCAGCUGUGAUGACUGGGAUUGUAGUGCAGGUGGUUUGUGUGUACAGCUGUGAAUGAAGCUGUUCUGGUCACUUGCUCCCACAUCGCCUGAGGCCUCUCCAGAAAGCCACGGAUGUGAUGCAGACAAUGGCCAGGGCUGGGCUGGUAUUUGCUACAGUUCAGCCACUGACUGAUCAAUAAAAGUGGCACUUGGCAAGGAAUGAGGUGUGAUACUUCAACAUCAGGAUGAAUUACAACGGUUUUUCAAAUCCUCUUAAUCCAUAGAAGGAUUCUUCUGUUUGAGGAUUAUAUAUGCUCAGUUAUGAUUCAGGGCAAGGGUCAGCAAAAAGAAACGUGCUGGUUUCAUAGUACCUUUAUGAUGCAGUGUAUUUUGUAAAGAGACAGUAGCAAAGGGAUGAAAGGGAUUUCUUUUUUUGUAGAUGGCUCAGCAAUAGCCCAGCCUUAGUGUCAGCUCCUUUCCCCAUCCUUUAGAGAGGAGGUGGAUGUGAAAUUCCAUGUUUGGAAUUUGCUAUGGAGCAAAAAGCAUAACACUGUGUUGGGUUCCUCUUGUUCUCAUGUAAAAACUUUCCCCUCAGGGAAUCGCCACUGAUGAAGCUUAAGCUACUUGUGGAAUCUCUGCAUUUUCACGUGGUGAGCCUACCAACAAAACUAGCACCUCAGCCUUCUCAGCAGAUACUGCAGCGUCAGGUUUUAACCUAACAUUGCAGACAGAAUCACAUCUUUAACAGUAAAAGAAACUUUUCAGUCUCCUACAUUCAGAGAACACUGACCCUGGUGGUGUUCAAGGAACAUUUGGAUGUUGUGUUGAGGGAUAUGGUUUAGUGAGAGCUAUUGGCGAUAGGUGGAUGGUUGGACUGGAUAAUCCUGCAGGUCUUUUCCAACCUUGGUGUUCCACGAAUGGAAGUGAGAUGGCAGCUCUUUUUCCCUGGCUGCGAUUACUUUGGCUCUGUUUGAGCCCUCUGCUUCCCUGAUCUCCAGAGGCAAGUUGGCAAAGCCUUCCCUGCUUCAGACUGGUAGUAGUGAUAAGGCCAAGUAGCCCACAGGAGCCACACUGUGCUGGGAGACAUAAUGAGCACAGCCCACAGCUGCUUGAAGGACGAGAGGCAUGAGCUACGGCUGCUCCAACCAGAAGUUAGUGGUGGCAACAAAGCACAUUUGCCCAGUGCAGUGUGUAUUAUUUUCUAUUAAUGUAGGCAAAGCUCAAUGAAAUCUCAUUUUCUCAGCUCUCCAACUCCUGAACUCUCCAAGUCCCAACAGAAAGAAGAUGACAGCGAUAUUCUUGUCUACCUUAAAAAUAGGUUUAAACUUGUGACAUAUGGAACAGAAUGACGGGUCCCCGCGGGGAAUGUACUUAGAAGAAUGAAAAAUUAUCAUUUCAGGCAGGUGAGAAAGUGCAAGGGAACAGGGAGGAGAGCUGGACAUUGUGACGGCACUGCCCAGUGUUGGAGGCAGUGCAACAGCCCAGCCCAACUUCUGGCUGCCCUUCUGGCUCAGCCCACAGAGGUAAAUGUUCCCAGGUUAUUAUUUCCUGGGAAUGCCUCAUGGAAGAGGAACCCUGCACUGAACAUGUAGAACUGUUGUUCUUUCUGUCCGUGUGGGCUCUGCCAAUUCCUACUGCCAGGAAAACACAGAACAGAACUCCCUUCAUUUAGGAAGAGGGAGAUGAUGGAAGUCAGAGACAGCAAGAAAUAAUAUGAUUAUACACUGCUUCAUCCUUCAGAAACACUGUUCUCCUGUCCUUAGUUCUGAUAUAUCAGUGUAGGGAGAUAUUAGCUGAGCAAACCAAAAUCACAGAAUCAUAGACUCACCAAGGCUGGAAAUGGUGGAGAGAGAAGGAUUUUGAAUGGAAGCUUAGGCACGUUCUUUGUCAUGAAAUUAUGGCUCGUAUCUUUUUUUAACAAUUCGUAUGGCUAACAAAGUGUGACUCAGCAGGCAAAUAAAUGGUCGUGUAAACGAGCA